CCUGAAGCCGAAACUGUAAAACUCCAACUCUCUCUCUCUCUCUCUCUCUCUGCCCAAAAAAUCGAAAUUUCAAAUGGAUCAAAUUCAACACAAAUUCAUUGAUGUCCAAGGCCUCAAGCUCCACGUUGCCGAUAUCGGCUCUGGUCCCAAUGCAGUCGUGUUCUUGCACGGGUUUCCGGAGAUAUGGUACUCAUGGCGGCACCAGAUGGUGGCUGUGGCGGAAGCUGGGUUUCGCGCGCUAGCGCCUGAUUUCAGAGGCUACGGGUUGUCCGAUCCGCCGCUUGAACCCGAAAAGGCCUCCUUUGCUGACCUUCUUAAGGAUCUUGGUGCAUUGCUUGAUGCCCUAGGCAUUGAUAAGGUGUUUCUUGUAGGUAAAGACUUCGGAGCUGUCCCCGCUUACUUGUUUUCCCUCCUCCACCAAGAGAGGGUCCGAGGAGUCGUGAGCCUAGGAAUUCCGCACCGCUCUCCCAGUUAUCCCCUUACAUAUCAUGAGCAUCUCCCUGAAGGCUUUUAUGUUUCGAGAUGGCAGGUACCUGGACGUGCAGAAGCUGAUUUUGGGCGCCUAGAUGUUAAAACAGUUGUGCGUAAUAUAUACAUACUCUUUUCGAGAAGUGAAAUACCAAUAGCCGCAGAGAACCAGGAGAUUAUGGAUAUAGUCAAUCCAUCUACCCCUCUUCCCCCUUGGUUUACUGAAGGAGAUCUCGAAGAGUACGGUUCUCUGUACCGGAAAUCAGGGUUUCACACUGCAUUGAAAGUUCCGUAUAGGUCGUUUAAGGAGGACCAUGGAAUAACGGAUUAUAUCAUUAAAGUCCCAGCACUCUUGGUCAUGGGAGAGAAGGAUUAUGUGUUCAAAUUUGCAGGCAUGGAAGAGUACAUCAGGAGCGGAAAGCUCAAAGAAUUUGUUCCCCAGCUAGAGGUUGUAUUCUCUCCAGAGGGAACACAUUUUAUCCGGGAGCAAUCGCCAGACGAGGUGAAUCAGCUAAUUCUUGAUUUCCUUAAGAGGCAUAUUUGAUAAACACUAACGGAAGGCUAUAGAUUGUCAAAAUUCGCCGUUAAAAAGAGAUGUUCAUGAAUCAAAUUCUCUGCAUAUUGCAUAUUUCUGCUCAAGAGGUCUUUUUGUAAGCACGAAAUACUUCUCAAUAAUCAUGGACCCGAUCACUAUUUGCUUUUUUGCGUCAUUCAAGUGAAUUAUUUGCCACUACGAAGAAUCUGCAUGCGUCGAAGUGAAGAAAACUCUGGGAAAACAGAUCUGCAGGAUGUGUUUGGGACAUAGAGGGGUAGCAUGAGUGCCUGUGCGAACAAAAAUCUCACUGACAGAGAUUUUCUUCUUGAGAUGGCAAGUGACAAAGAUGAAUUUGAGGCAAUAGCAAUCUUAUGAAUCACUAGAAUAGUUUCCGCAACCACUUUUUCCGUCCGCCAAAGAAGAAAAGAACCAUCCACGGAGUAGAAUGCUUCACUUUUUGGGGGCUUUGAGAUUCACUAUUGCAUUCUGCAUCUUCACUUUUUCAGUUGUUAACAUACUGAACAAGUUACUAAGGGGACUGGACACUCUUGGACUCAACCUGCAUCAACAAUCUUGCCAGCAAAAUACGUCAUUUCUAACCUUCGAUCCUUUCUGCAGCGACUCAGAUGUAAAAGGACUCCUGAGACGUGGGCAAGUAUAAGAGUGAAUUAAAAUCAUCCCAAAACAAGUAUUUCCAGAACAAUUCCUAGAAAAAUCUGCGAGAGCUGAUGCUGUAUUAAACCACUGCAAUCAAUAUCUUCUAUGUGUAUAAACAUCUCAACCUCUGCUUCAUCGAAACAUUUGCCUAUUUGCUCAGAUAUACAAAACCAAUGCCUCUACCUAAUAAUAUGACACUGGCCACAGAAGGAGGCAGGAGAGAAGGGUGGGGAGAGAGACCGGAGAGACCCACGAAGGAAAUUGACAUGAUUCAAAAGUUCCUUCGAAAUGAAUGAUCAUCUCAUCCACCAUCCUUGGAGACCAAUAGGGAAAAGAUUAUACUCUUCAUCUAGGGGUCACGGAAGUGAUCUUGACAGGAACUCAACUCAUUUUUUAGGGUCACAAGGCAAACAGAUCUCAGUACAUCAGGGGUCGCAUAAAAUAUGAGGAGGAUUAGACAGCCAAUUACACGGAAUAACUUCAAUUCGAUGGGCUUUAACGAUCCAAUCUACUACUUGGUUGGCCUCUCUCAGACAAUGGACUACUUGAAUAUCUUGAUAUUGGCCCGACAGAGCUUCGCAUUCAGCCAUGAGAGGAUGCACAUCCCACAGUGGUUCAUCACGAUUUGUGAGACAUCUUAUCAAAGACAAGCUAUCAAAUUCCAAAGUUUAAGCUUAGUUCAGUUUGUGCACGAAAGUAGUUCAGAGCUUCCUCAGCAUCCUCGGGGUUCCACCUGCAAAAUCGAGGUAGCUCUUACCGAUUUCGCAAACCCAUCUACGAUCUUCCCGGCAUCCUAGGCCCGGUAGCUGAAGGCAUCCCACUUAACCCUCCUGAAUUUUGGUAGAAACCAGGUGCUGUCAUAUGCUUCUCGUUUAACCGUAUGUUUUUUUCCAGGAAAUAUUUCAAAAGGCCCCAUGGACUGGCCGUUCUUUGAAAAGAGUCUCUAAAGUGGUAUUUAUUUCAAAUAAGCUAUGAAGUGAGCGACUUAGUCUCAGUUCACCCCUAGCUCACCGGCGGCUCAUAUCUUCACCGGCUUGCAAGCAUGUGUUUUAGGAGUCACUUUUCUCCCCCAAUGCCAAGGGCAUGUUCGUCCUAAAUUUUCUGAGCAAAAACCAAAUUUCCCAAUUUGGUUCUGAAAUCUCUCAAAUUCUAGUAAUUAAAACCCUAAUUCCAAAUCCUCAAAUUUCCCAAUUAAGAGUCCAGUUGAUCCUUCCUUCGUCUAGAGGUAAGGUGAGUGUUGCUUGUUAAAGCAACAUGGUGACAAGGAGUGGACAACGUCGAAUAUCAUACCGAUGGCAAUGAUUCUUUUUUAGGGUUGCGCUUUAGCUUGUUUAGUGGGUUUUAUUUUGUAUGCUGUCCCCUUUUGUGUGAAUUGACACACAUGAGUUGUAUUUUCUAAUUGCAAGUGGUAUUCAUGACUGCAUUUUCUAA